AAACCCGCCAUCGCUUAGAGUCCUAAACUUGCAGAAUAACAACCUCACAGGUCUAAUUCCAAAUGCACUUCUCCAAAAGUCAAGUGAAGGUGUACUAUCACUUAGGUUGGGGCAAAAUCUAAAUCUAUGUGAAUCUGGUCCUUGUGACCAACAGACAAAAGAUAAAAGCAAGGAAAACAAUCCAGUUAUUUAUAUACUAGCAUCUGUUUCUACAUUUUUGAUGCUCCUACUGGUAGUUCUUGCAGCAGUUAACAUCAUUUACAUUAAAAAGAGAAAGCUAAAAGAUGAUGUCUACAUUCAUAUGGAAUCUGGUGAUCCUUUGGAAUCCAAGCGCCGACAAUAUUCAUUCGAUGACGUUGUUAACAUGACCAAUAACUUUGAGAGAGUCCUCGGUAGAGGUGGAUUUGGAACAGUUUACUAUGGCAUUAUUGAUGAUAUUCCAGUAGCUGUCAAGAUGCUUUUGCAAUCAUCAGCACAAGGAUAUCAGGAAUUUCUUGCAUAGGUAAAUUUGAUAAUAAAAAUGU